AUGUCCACGAACCCUGGCUCUGAAGGUGUCAAUUCUGUCCCAUUAGCAAAUUUGGCAGCCACCACUUCCUCUACAUUGAAUCAGAUUACUCCAUCUGAUAAUGGAUUGCAAGGACUAACCAGUAGUUUGACACCAGGAUCUGCUGCAGGUUCAUCAUCUGGGCCAGCCGAUACGUUGAAACCACCAAGAAGCAUUUCAGAUGUUAAGAAGAGCUCUCGCUCGUUAAGGUUGAGGGUCAACGUUAUCGCAAAUGACAAUGCCAAUGUGACUAUGCAAGUUGGUGAUAAUGUUAUCUUCAAGUGUAUUGAUGGUCUUGUAAAGGCCACUACAACUUCUGUUGAUGAUAUUCUCACGAUGCUCUUGUCAGUCUAUCUCGAAGGUACACUCACACAAGCAGACUUUCAAGCAGCAACUUCCACGGACAUUCAUACAUGUUUCGUAUAUAUCAAUGUUCCAGGUACCACCGUUGCUAAUUGUAUUAACGAAAUUGUCACCAAUUACAAUACUUCUUUAGAAAAUAAUUUGGUGAAUAUCGAGAUUUCCACACAACUUUCUACAGGUAAUUCAGACGCUAAUCAUAACUCUUGUAGUUACCUGAUGUCACCUGCUAUGGAAGUAGUAGGUGAACUGGCAUAUAUGAUUAUGAUAACUUUCAACAUCAUUGCAGUUUUUGAUUUUUUAUUAGGCAUUUUCAUUCGAGAAUUCAAGCUUUGGUGGUCACUUUUGCCUCUAUCUAUCGCUAUUGCUCUUUAUGCCCUAGCUCGCUUAAUUCGCACAGUAUGUCUCUGGCACGAGCAAGUAGCCGUUCCCGUCUACACGUCGUAUAUCUUGCCAGUACAGGAAGUGGCUGCUCAGAAAUGGGUUGAAGUCGACUCCAAGUUGAAGAUCUCCGAAACUGUUGGCCCCAAAUUGGAUCAAGCUUAUCAAGUAGUCUCCAACACGUAUAAGCAAUACUUGGAACCUACGGUUGCUCAUGUUUCAAGACAAGCGAUUAUUUUCUACUACGGAUCAGUUCUGCCUCGUUUGCAAAAGCUUUACUUAUGGUUGAAUGUCAAAUCUAAUGACCUUAAAUUGGAUGCUAUCACUUGGUAUUACAACGUGGGUAAGCCUUUGGCAACUAGAUGGGCCAUUAAUUUAGAAACUUAUUACGCUUUGGCUGCAGUUAAGUUUAACGUCUACUACCAAAUAGCGUCCGUUAAGGCCAAGGGUUACUAUAAAGUGGCAUCUUUCAAGGCUAGGAUCUAUUUUUCGACCUUGUAUACCCGAGCUUCGAUCUAUUGUAAGAUGGCAGAAAGAUAUCUUCUUGUAAAGUGGAAUACUUUUGUUGACAAGUAUGUUGCUGAUGAUGUUCGUGAACUCUUUGGAGUUUUGUUUGGGUAUUUAGAGAAAGGAUAUGCUGAAUUGUUACGUGCUUUCACAAUUUUGAGACAAAAAACCCAUGACUUCACUAAAGAUCGUAAGAAUGAUUUUGUUAAGUCAGAAUUCAAUAAUCUUGAGAGAUUCAACAAUUUCAAGAAGUCUCUCAACUCAACAUUGAUUGACUUCACUCAAAAAUUCUUGAAGCUGGAACGUAAUAAUUUGCAAAAUGGUACAAUCAAGAAGGAAGCCGUUGACGAUAGUGAGUCCGAGUAUGGUGAUUCAGAUGAAGAACCAAUUCAUUCCACUAUUGUUUCAACUAUUAUUGUUACCAAAUCCAAUGGCGUUGUACCCAGUGGACAACCAGGUACAGGUGUUGGACAAACCAAUGAAAUUGAUGCAGAGGUAACUUUCUGGUCCGAAAAGAUUUUCAAGACACUUCAAUUAGCAUCUGAUAAUUUAGUGGCAGAUAUGACUCCUAAGGCCGAUUCUCACAUCGACAUGAUUAAGGGUGAGGUACUGAAAUUAUUACAAAAGAUUCAAGUUUCAAAUCACAAUCAAUACAAGUUAUUGAACGUGUUUAUUGGCGACAUUCACAAGGAUUAUGAAGCAAUCAUUGAUAGUGGAAACAAAACUAUUGUUGAAUCUGUUUCUCGUGAAAAAGUCAGAGAAGAAUUCCAAAAAACUUAUAAUGAAACUGAGAUUAACUCCGGUAAGAUUCAAAAUAUUUUGAUUGAAGCACAUGGCAAAAUUUUGGAAGCUUAUUAUGAAACUGUUCAAAAUACAAUUGAUAUUAUUCAGCUGUUUGCUGAAAAUACUUUACAAGAUUACCUGAACUUCCUUAACAACCUUCCAGCUGAUUUGGAUGAAACUUAUUCGUGGGGAUUAUGGAAGGACUUCUAUAAAUCAAAAGAAAACAUCUACAAUUUCCGUGAUGAUCUUUUCAAUCAAUUCAAUGCUUACAAGGAACAACCCAAGAAAGCAGACACGCCAUUAGGCUUAGAGAAAUGGGCAGAGUAUUUGCGCAAUAUUGAGUUUACUUUGAACUAUUUACUCAGAGAUAAUACUGAAUACUUAAGAUUGGCUCGUGCUAGAGCUAAUUUAGCAUUCCAAUUACGUGAAGAACUUGUUAGUAAGAUAGAACAAGAAGCAGAAAAGUUUGUUGAAGAAGUUGAAGAAGUUGAUGCAGAUGAUGAAGCUUCUUCAGUUGAAUCAGAAACUGAAGCAUUUCCUGAUGAAAUAAGUUCUUCAGCAUCAAUUAACGAAGAAGGUCCACAAAUUGUUGAAGAAUUAACCGAAGCAGAAUUUGUAUCCGAAACUGCAGAAUCCGAAACUGAAUCAGGGGCAGUAACUGAAUCAGAACUUGCGACUGAAGAUUCCGCAACUGAAUAUAUUGAAUCAGAGCCUGCAACUGAAAAAUCAGCUACUGAAGAAAUUGAAUUUGCAACUGAAGAAGUUGAAUCUGCAACUGAAGAAGUUGAAUCUGUAACUGAAGAAGUUGAAUCUGCAACUGAAGAAGUUGAAUCUGCAACUGAAGAAAUCGAAUCUACAACUGAAGAAGUUGAAUCUGCGACCGAAGAAAUUGAAACUGCGACUGAAGAAUCUGCAACCGAAGACUUUAACUCGGAAGCCGAUGCAAUUGAAAUUGCUGAACCAUCACUUGAGUCUCCUGAUGCGAAAGAACCUGAUACCCAAGAGCCAGAACUUGAAGAAGUGCCUGAGCUUUGA